AUGGAAUCUGGGAGAAGGGGAUGGAAUCCGGGAGAAGGGGAUGGAAUCUGGGAGAAGGGGAUGGAAUUAGGGAGAAGGGGAUGGAAUCUGGGAGAAGGGGAUGGAAUCUGGGAGAAGGGGAUGGAAUCUGGGAGAAGGGGGUGGAAUCUAGGAGAAGGGGAUGGAAUCCGGGAGAAGGGGAUGGAAUCUGGGAGAAGGGGAUGGAUUCCGGGAGAAGGGGAUGGAAUCUGGGAGAAGGGGAUGGAAUCAGGGAGAAGGGGAUGGAAUCUGGGAGAAGGGGAUGGAAUCAAGGAGAAGGGGAUGGAAUAUGGGAAAAGGGGAUGGAAUCAGGGGGAAGGGGAUGGAAUCUGGGAGAAGGGGAUGGAAUCUGGGAGAAGGGGAUGGAAUCUGGGAGAAGGGGAUAGAAUCUGGGAGAAGGGGAUAGAAUCUGGGAGAAGGGGAUGGAAUCUGGGAGAAGGGGAUGGAAUCUGGGAGAAGGGGAUGGAAUCUAGGGGAAGGGGAUGGAAUCUGGGAGAAGGGGAUGGAAUCUGGGAGAUGGGGAUGGAAUCUGGGAGAAGGGGAUGGAAUGAGGGAGAAGGGGAUGGAAUCUCGGAGAAGGGGAUGGAAUCAGGGGGAUGGAAUGAGGGAGAAGGGGAUGGAAUCAGGGAGAAGGGAAGGAAUCUGGGAGAAGGAGAUGGAAUCUGGGAGAAGGGGAUGGAAUCUCGGAGAAGGGGAUGGAAUCGGGGAGAAAGGGAUGGAAUCUGGGAGAAGGGGAUGGAAUUUAGGAGAAGGGGAUGGAAUCUAGGAGAAGGGGAUGGAAUCAGGGAGAAGGGGAUGGAAUCUGGGAGAAGGGGAUGGAUUCCGGGAGAAGGGGAUGGAAUCUGGGAGAAGGGGAUGGAAUCAGGGAGAAGGGGAUGGAAUCUGGGAGAAGGGGAUGGAAUCAAGGAGAAGGGGAUGGAAUAUGGGAAAAGGGGAUGGAAUCAGGGGGAAGGGGAUGGAAUCUGGGAGAAGGGGAUGGAAUCUGGGAGAAGGGGAUGGAAUCUGGGAGAAGGGGAUAGAAUCUGGGAGAAGGGGAUAGAAUCUGGGAGAAGGGGAUGA